AUGUCUUCGCUGUACCAAAAAAUUCGAUCGGUGCCAUUUGACGUGCUAUGGCGAACCGCACUAGUGCGCCUUCCACGCGCUGUCCCCCUCUCGACACUCAAAUGGACAUCACCAGAUGGACCGCACCCCUUUGUCUUUCACCUGCCGUCCAGGUCCAAGGACUAUACGAUCCCACUCCACAUCUUCGUUCCACAAAGCUUGUACGACAAUCUCCCAGCAGAGGGUGCGCCAGUCUUGGUCGAUUUUCACGGAGGAGGCUUUUACCUCGGAUCAUGCCUGGAACAAGCUCCCUUUUGUUCACACAUGGCUAGAGCACUCGAUUCAAUCGUGAUCAGCGUCGACUACCGAAUGGGACCAUUCCAUCGCUUCCCGGCUGCGAUUGAGGAUGGUGAAGAUGUUCUCAGUGCCAUCCUCGACAAAGACUUUGCCGGAUACUUGUCUCUGCGUCAAGCAAUAGUAGCCAGAAUAGAAUCCGAGAAAGCAAAGAUUGCAAAGGGAGGAGCCAUAGCUACCAACGAGGAGCAUAGCAAGGAGUUGCAGGAGGGCAACGUCGAGCAGAUCUCAGUGCCUUCGCCUUUGAAAAGGUCCACACGAUUGUCGUCCGCGACGGGCGCACAAUUGAGUUUUGACUUUGAUUCAACUAAAGUAGCUGUCUCCGGCUUCAGCUCUGGCGGAAAUCUAGCGCUCAAUCUAGCGCUUCACAUCAAGCCUCCCGAGCUAGAGACUGAAUGGCCGAGCAAGUUUGCAAAAGAUUAUCCAACCCCUAUCCCAUUGUUGCUUUUCUACCCUUCGUUCGAUCUUCGCCAGUUGCCAUCUCAAAGAUCUCGUCCAGAACACAUGGGGCUUCCAUCUGCAUUCUGGACUCAAGUCGCCGACUCACUCGCACCCACUUAUGCUGAGCGAGAUCAAACGGCGCAUCCACGUGUUUCUCCUGGACUUGCUUCGCUCGAAUCGCUGCAUCCGGCCGCGCGCAUGUUCUUGGUGCUAUGCGAGCUAGACACACUGGCUGAACAAUCUAAGCGGUGGGUAGCCAAGGUUCAGGCGCAUCAGAGGACCGAGCAUCUGGUCGUUGAGGAUGUGGCGAACAUGAAACACGGCUGGACUCAGAUGCCCGAUGGCUGGCUCUCACCGGAGGAAAAAAAGGCAAAAGAGGCUGUAUUUGCGAAAGCAACCGCUUUCGUCAAGUGGGCUUGGAGCGGAUCCGAAGAGCAGGACAAGCCCGAAUCAGAGCUUGUGAUUCCACAAAAGGAUACAGGCGAAGCACAGACUACCGAGAUAUCGCCAGAAGAGCUGGCCUGA